GUCUCGUGGUGCCGGCUAGGAGUCGUCAGUGGACCUCUACCGAGGACACACUCCGCCGCGCCGCGAGACUCGCAGCAGUAUGGCCGCCACACUCGCGCUUGCACUCGCCGUGCUGCUCGGCGUAGCAUCUGCUGUGCCGCGCGAAUUCGUCGCUCCACGUGCCCUGGAUCCGGCGCACGCGCCCUCUGCAGCCUCCGUACCGCACACCGCGCGUCGCACUGUCCGCGCCACCACCACCGACGCAUGGCUUAAUCUCAUCUCCGACUACAUGCGUGGGAAAGCAGCGACGACUGCGGAAGGAGAUACGACGAGCUGGUUCCCACGCCCUGUACCCGUUAUGUUGCCGCUCGCUGAUACCGCCGACCAGAAGCCGUUAUCCAUACCGGUGCUGGUUGUGCCCGUGCCAGUCCCCGUCUCCACGCAGCCUGACCCCGCAGAAUGCUCGUCGCAGACACGCGCAAGUGCGGUUCCUGAGACGACUAAGCCGAGCGGUCGAUGGCAGCUGAAGUCUCGGCAGCGCGUCCGCCCCGCCCCGCAGCGGGAGCACUAUCCGAUGAGGGAUGUCGCAUUGCGAUUUGGCCCCACAGACUCGUCGCGGCGGCUCGUGGAGCUGUUCCGCGAGCAACUGCCGGCCGACCCGCACCGGCCACCGAUGGUACUCGCGCACGACAGGAACGAGGAAGAGUUUGUUAUCAGACCCCCCGUCUCGCCGUCCGGUCCGGCACUCGUCCGACACCGACGCAGCGACCAAGGAGCCAAGACGACCGCCCCCGCCGAGCCUCCACGGCCGCGGUUCGAUCGGUCGCUCAUGCUCCGCGGCGAACUGACCGUGCCGCGCGCCGGCUACACGGAAUCUUACAUCGCGUGGUGGGACUCGCAGAGCGGUGCCGCUCGUGUGGACUACUUCGACGGCGGCACCUCCACGUACCGGCUGCUGGGUGCGGACGGCAGCAUGCGCGGCGUGCGUGUGAGCAUGGACCGCACGGGCGAGCGGCACGUGGUUCGCUGCGCCGUGACCGCGCCGCGCCGCGCCUCGCUCAUGGACCGCGCGCCGCCCGCGCUGCCGCACCUGGGGCUCUUCUCCUUCGCCGGGUACGUGGACACGCCGGGCGGGCGCGUGGAGCGCUGGCGGCACACGGUGGCGGGGCGCGGCGGCGAGCUCGGCGGCGUGCGGGGGGAGGCGCUCACCUUCCGACACGAGCUCGAGCUGCAGCGGGCCGCUGACAACGAUACCGCGCUGCCUCUCAAGUACACCGUGUCAGUGGACAGCUCCGUGCUAGGCGCCGACUGCGAGGGGUACGAGCAUCGCUACACGGAGGUGCGGCUCGGCGAGCACGAGCCCGCGCUCCUGCGACUCGACACAGAGGAGGUGUGCGAGGAGACCGAGCUGACCGAGCAGUGGGAGCUGGUGGAGCCGCUGCGGGAGUUCACCCUGGAGUACCGCGACCCCAGAUACAACGGCCUGUUUGACAGUUUCCAGGAGCAGUACGACCGCGCCUACGCGGGCGAUACCGAGCAAGCGGUGCGCAAGGCACUGCUCAUUCAGCACUUGCGCUUCAUAGACGCCGGUAACCGCAUGGGCAGUACCGCGCUUCUGGGUAACAACUUCUUCGGCGACCGACUGGACACGGAGUUAGAGAGUCUAUACGGCGUCGACACCACCGGAGUGACGGACGAGCUGGCGAACGGUGCCACGGGCAAUGUGCGAACGCGUCGCGACACCGAGCUACUGCCACAGGAAUUCGACUGGCGCAAUAAGAAAGCCGUCACCGAAGUGCGCAACCAGACAGAUAAGUGCGCGUCAUGCUGGGCGUUCGCCGUGACGGGCGCCGUGGAGGGCGCGCUCGCCAUGCGCACGGGACGUCUCACGCGGCUCAGCGAGCAACAGCUGGUGGACUGCGCCGGCCCGUACGGCGGGAAGGGGUGUAACGGCACCUGGCCGAGUGCUGCUUACGACUACAUAGAGAAAAAUGGAUUGAAUGAACAUGGCGACUACCGGUCUUAUGAAGCAAACGUGGCUAAUUGCACGGCCAAAGAGAACUCGUCGGCCACGUACAUCAGCGGGCACGUGAACGUGACGUCGCGCAACGCGCGUGCGCUGAAGGCGGCCAUACGCGGAAACGGGCCCGCCGUCGUCAUCAUCGACUCGAAGCUCCAGAGCUUCAGGUUCUACAAGGACGGCGUGCUGGAGGACAACAGCUGCGGUAGGCGGCUCUCGCAGGUGAACCAUGCGGUGUUGGCAGUGGGCUGGGGGGAGACGAACGGCAAGGACUAUUUCAUACUGAAGAACUCGUGGUCAGAGGGCUGGGGUGAUAAGGGAUACGUCAAAUUGGCCGCAGAAUUGAACACUUGCGGAGUCCUUACGUCCCCGUCGCAGCCAAUCCUGAACCUAGAUAACGUGGGUAAACAAAAGCCCACAGAUGACGCUGCCUAGACGGUCGAUAUGAUUGUUUGUACUUUUAUCAAUACAUGUUUUAUGUCCACAGUGUAUGCAAAACCGUACUUUAUGAACUUCAGUGAUUUGUAUCAAAAUACAGGCAGCUCAACUUCACAAUCUUAAAAUACAGUGAAACUAAUAAUUAUUAUUGUUUAGUGACGUAUCUAUGAAGUAUUUCAUUAACGCAUUAAUCAAUUUUUCAUUGAGAAAAAAAAAAAAAUUAUCGUUAACUGCGUUAUUUUGCUUAGGUACUUCAUGAUUGUCUUUUUUUUUUGUUAUAAGUAAUUCCGGUUAAUGUGUUUAAUAAAAAUAAAUAACUAUUA